AUGGUGAGGCCCUCAUGCUCCUGCGCAGACGGGAGGAGAAAGUUUUCAGGUGUCGCCAUCCGAGUAGCGACUGCGCUCCAGACUUCUCCUGUGUUGUCUAACUACCUGAGAUUUUACUGUCGAGCGUCUCUGAGUUCACACGUGAUUUACUGGACGGAUACCUUGGUGAAAGUCUUUGUGGGAUAUUACUUUUUUGAAAAGAUCAUGUUUCUGAGGAUUGGUGUACCUUUGCUCCUGGUUCUUGUCGGAUUAAACGUAGCGUUUGGUCAGGGAACAACUGGAGCGCCCUCAACUACUACUACCAGCCCGACUACAACCACCACCACGACCACAACUACCAGUGCUACAACUACCACCUCUGCGGCUACCACCUCCACCACAACGGGAUCCACUACUCCGAGCCCAGUGCCGACACCACCCCCCGACACCUGUGAGAGCAAGAAUGGCACUAGCUGUGACGAAUGCCUGGUCAAUGUGACGUGCCUGUGGUGUAUAAAGACGAAGACAUGCAUGACCUAUCCAGUGAGCACCAUCCUGCCUCCUCACUCCCUCUGCCCCCUGAACGAGGCUCGCUGGGGCCAGUGCUCAAUAAACUUCCAGACUCUGAUCAUCGCCAUGGCAGUGGUGGGAGGAGUCAUCAUCCUGGCCUUCUUCAUCUGCCUCUUCUGCUGCUGCAAGUGUGAGAACGUGGGGAUGGGCAACUCUGAGGCCAAGAUGGCAAAGCAGGCGGACAAACGGAAGGUCAAAUCGGACGCCAGGAAAACGGAGAUGAAGAAGAGGCACGAUGAGAUCCGGCAGAAAUAUGGCUUGAACCGGGCCAGCCCCUAUGCCAGGUUUGACAAUGAUAGCUGAGCUGCACAAAACACCCUAUGCACAUCUCGCAACUGAAGAGGCUCCUAAUCAGCAGUGCCCUUGGAUAUACACGUAAAAACAGGAUAUUGUUUUACUGUUAAAUGUGAUAUUAUUUUGAACACCAAUAAUGUAAGAUUCAAGAAAAUUGUUGCAUUUGAAAGCCUGUUAAUUAUUUGACGAAUGUAUUGAGUUUGAGUUUGGCAACUCAGAGGCCGUGUUGGCACCAAUAUGAAAUGUGAAUGUUGUUGUCUAGGAGACUGCACCUUGGAGACCGCUCCUGUCUGAUUCAUUCCUGUAGUGUCCUUUUAGCUCUUGUUUACUGCUAUUUUGUUGUCAUUUGUCAUUCAAUGUAUUCUUUCCACAUAUACUCCAUUUUUUAAUUUAAUGCUUAAGAACAAAAUGGUACUUUCUGAAAGGGAGAAAAUUGUUGAAUGGAAUGAAGUUUCUUUUCUUUCAUUUUGACACCUGUGAGUGGUCAUUUAUAAAUAAACCACAGACUACUGAGAU